GUUUCCAAACCUGCGACCCCAACCACUCCUGUGACCCAGGCACCCACCCCUCCACAGACCCGCACCCCACCUGCCCGUACCCCUGCUAUUACUCAAGCUCCAAUUACAUACUCGCCUGCUGUCACUCAGGAAAUGGUGGUGCCCACGACAAUACCACCCCCUGCUGUUCAGCCUGUUCAGAGCCAUGCACCUGUCAUCUCGACUACCACCCAGCCGCCCGUAAAGAAAGGGGUGAAGAGGAAAGCAGAUACCACGACCCCCACAGCCCAUGACCCCCUCCAUGAAUCCUCUCCCCUACCCAGUGAUUCAAAGCCCGCUAGACCUUUACCAAAACGGGAGAGUGGUCGCCAGCCUCGGCCAGCAAAGAAAACCGAGGUUCCAGACUCUCAACUUCCUGCACCUCCUGUUCUGCACACCCCAAUCAUUGCCCCACCUGUCCAGGCAAACAGCAACACCAAGAUCUCUGAACAGUUGCUCUACUGUACCGGCAUUGUCCGUGAAAUGUUUGCUAAGAAACACACCUCGUAUGCUUGGCCUUUUUAUAAACCUGUAGAUGUAGAAGCUCUUGGACUGCAUGACUACUGCGAAAUUAUCAAGCAUCCAAUGGACCUGAGCACCAUUAAGAUCAAGCUGGAGAAUAAGGAUUAUCGAGAUGCCCAGGACUUUGCCUCUGAUGUGCGGCUUAUGUUUUCUAACUGUUACAAGUACAACCCUCCAGACCAUGAGGUGGUGGCUAUGGCACGCAAACUGCAGGAUGUGUUUGAAAUGCGAUUAGCCAAGAUGCCAGAUGAGCCAGAAGAGGCACCAGCUCCAGCACCGUCACCCACCCCUUGUCCUCCUGCCCCUUCUGUAAAAGGUCCUCCUCACAGCUCCAGUGAUAGCAGCAGUGACAGCUCUUCUGACAGUGAGAGCAGUUCUGACAGUGAGGAAGAGAGAGCACAGAGAUUAGCAGAGCUUCAGGAGCAGUUAAAAGCUGUGCAUGAACAAUUAGCAGCCCUAUCUCAGCCUCAGCCAAACAAACCAAAGAAGAAGGAACGAGAAAAAGCGGAAGGAAAAGCACAAAAGGAAAGAGGAGGUUGAGGAAUCUCGCAAGAACAGAUCCCGGGAACCUCCAGCUAAGAAACCCAAGAAAAGUGUUCAAGGACCAGUGGGAACUCCCAGCAUUAAAAAAGAAGCCGCUCCCCCAGUGUCACGCCCAGCACGACCUGCACCUCCACCUGCACCUUGUGAGUCUUCAGAAGAAGAAUCGCAGAGAUGUCGACCGAUGUCUUAUGAGGAAAAGAGACAAUUAAGUCUGGACAUUAAUAAACUCCCAGGAGAAAAACUGGGCAGAGUAGUACACAUCAUCCAGUCCAGGGAGCCAUCGCUCAAGAACUCUAACCCAGACGAGAUUGAAAUAGACUUUGAGACCCUUAAACCGUCCACACUGAGAGAGCUGGAAAGAUAUGUCACCUCUUGCCUAAGAAAAAAAAGGAAACCACAAGAUAAAGUUGAAGCGCCCACAUCCGGUUCUGGUAAGGGGAAAGGUUUCUCCUCUUCUGAGUCUGAAAGUUCAAGUGAAUCCAGCACCUCGGACAGUGAGGAGUCAGACCCAGAAACAACACAUAAACAGAAGAAAAAGAGUCACUCAGGGAGAGAGUCUAGAAAGCAUCACCAUCAACCCCAUCCUCCGCAGCAGCCUCUUGCCCCACCAGCUAAUGCCCAUAAGCCAUCUUCCCCAACCCCUCCUCCCUCCUAUGCCCCGCCUCCCAGCUUGGACACGUCUCACCCAUCUCUCCAUCCUCUUCAUCCUGCUAAUGUUUUUGAAGCCGUUAAUGCUCACUAUGGGCAGGCUGGUCUGCAGCUACCACCACCAGAUCUUCCAUCACACCUCACAGGUGGUCAGCCAGAGCGGUGUUCCCCACCUCAUCUAAACCAACAUGCCCUUGUUAGUCCUCCAGCCCUGCAUAAUGCCAUGCCACAGCAACCUUCUCGCCCUUCAAAUCGUGCAGCUGCCCUCCCUCCCAAACCUGUACGACCACCAUCUUCCUCACCACCCCCAGUACAAACGCAUCACCAACCACCUCCUCAUUCUCUCCAUCAUCAUUCACAACCGCCUCAUGCCCUGCUAGAGGAUGAUGGCUCAUCGUCACCAAGUAGUGGUCUCCCUCCUUCUCCUGUUCAGCUUGGUCCUGCGCAGAUGGCCCUUUACCUGCAGCAGUUACAGAAAUCUUCUUCUGUGCAAUCUUCUGUGCAAUCUCCUCUUCAGCCACUCCUCCCUUCUGUCAAAGUGCAGAACCAAGCACCAUUGACUGCUGCUUCCCAGUCUUUGCGGCACCUGCAAAACCUGCCUUACCCUUCUCCUUCCUCUGUUAGCACUGCUCCUCCCCCUGCUCCUACCUCCUCCCAUGUACAUCAGUUGCAGACACCACCUACAGCUUCCCAGCAACAGCCAGCAGUGCAGGCUCCACCCCCUCCACAGCAGCCGCAUCCUACUCUGCAAAGUACAAUGACCGCUCCCCACCAACAGCUUGUGCAGCACCAGCAGUCUAAGCCACAGCAAGUAAUCCAACACCACCAUCCCUCACCACGACAACAGAAACCAGAGCCAUACUCUGGAGGUCACUUGCGGGAGGCCCCAUCUCCUCUCCUUCAUUCAUCUCAGGUUCCUCCAUUUGCAGGCCUUUCACAUCCUUCGUCACCGCAGGCCGUACAGUCUAAAAAGCAGGAAAUGAGAGGGUCAUCUGUGUUGCAGCCUCAGCCGCUAGUAGUGAAGGAAGAUAAACGCCACUCACCAUCUUUGCGUCCAGAAGGCUUUUCCCCUGGCAUGAGGAGUGAACCCCACAAACUUCCAGAACAGCUAAAAACUUCUAGCCAUGUUCAGCCAAGGCCAGAAAUGAAACCCAUUGAUGGAAGUCGCCCAGUGAGAGCCCCUGAAAGCAUCACAUCUCAAGGGGUACCUGAGAAAGAGAAGCAAAAGCAGGAACCUAAGACACCUGUUGCCCCCAAAAAGGACCUAAAAAUUAAAAAACAUGGGCUCUUGGGCAAGCCUAGUACAGAAGACCCCGGUCACCCCAACUGCACCAGGGAAGUCAUCCAGUGAUAGCUUUGAGCUUUUCAGACGUGCAGCGGGGAGAAGGAGGAGCGAGAGAGGGCGCUAAAACUGCAGGCAGAGCAUGCAGAAAGAAUGCGAAGGGAGCAGGAGAGGAUGAGGUCUCGAGAAGAAGAUGAUGCUCAGGAGCAGGCAAGGAAAGCUCAUGAAGAGGCUCGUAGGAGGCAGGAGCAGCAGCAGCAGCAGCAGCAGCAGCAACAACAACAACAA